GUUUCCUGGCUUUCAAAAAACAGACUUCACUCGCCGCCCAACUUUCAACGCCGCGUCCGGCCACUUCCCGCCGCCGAGCUCUCAGCGGAGCAUCCGCCCAGUUGUAUAAAUGGGUAUAGAAGAAAAAUCCAAUCCCAAAUCCCGCGCAGAGCGCAGAAAAGAAGCUCGCAUCUCUAAGAAUAAGAGAAAGUUUGAUUCUUGGGUCCAACACGGACAAUCGAAGAAAAAAUCGAAGCCUGGAAAAAAAACACCCAAGGAUAAUGGAACUAAGAUUCUUACCGAGGCGGAGAAAUCGAAAACGAAAGGGUGGGGGGAGCCUCGUAAAAUAGGCAACAAUAGAAAUGAAAAUGAUUCGAUACGGAACAAGGGUUUUGGGAAAGCUCCGAAGACCAAAUUCUUCGACUUGCUAGAAAUGGAGAUGGGGGGGAAACUAGUGCCGUCGGCGGAGGAGGAUUUGAAUGUCGAGAGGAGGCUUGCGAAGAAGCUCAAGUUGAAGAAGGGGAAUUUGGGCGCAGCUAAUGAUGGUAUGGACAUGUUGCUUGAAGGAGUCCCCGAUAUUGACGAGCUCGGAGAAUUUGAAAAAGUCGGUAAAAAAUCUGGAAAAAGUAAGAAAAAAAUUUCCAUGAAUGAGGACUCGGAGGAUGAUAUUUCAGUUGAUGACGAGGAUGGAGAAUUCGAUUUUCUUGGUAGUAGUGAUGAGGAAUCUGAUUUGCUAGCUAGUGGUGAGGAGGAAGAUGAAGAAGGUGAAGAAGAAUCUGAUUUGUUAGGUGGUAGUGAGGAGGAAGAUGACGAGGGUGAAGAAUCCGAUUUUCUUGGUAGUAGCGACGAGGAAGAUGAAGAAUCCGAUAGACCAGUUAGUGGUAAGGGGAAAAAAAGAAAAACGAAAUUUGAAGAGGAUGUCGAGACUGAAGCUGACGUGGCAUUGGAAAGAAAACUUGCAAAGAAACUCAAGGUGAAGGCGGGCAAGGUACAGGGAGAUGAUGAUGAUGACAUCAGCAUGUUGGAUGGAAAGAACGAAAAUGAUUUGAAAACUUCGUCGUCUGAGUUGGCAGUGAAAAGUUCUUCUAACGCGGGACUCGGCAAAUAUGUACCUCCUCAUCUGAGAUCUCAUGGUGGAGGUGAAUCUGCAGAAUAUGCUCAAGUUCGUAAACGAGUAAGAGGACUUCUAAAUAAGCUUUCUGAAACCAAUGUGGAGUCGAUCACUGCGGAGAUUUCUACACUAUUGCAAUCAGUUGGUCGAACUGCGGGCUCUCAAAUUGUAAGUGAAGAAGUUGUUGCAUCAUGUUCGGGAGGUCCUCGUGGCAAUGAACAGUAUGCUGCAGUUUUUGCAUCAUUUGUUGCUGGAAUGGCUUGUUCGGUCGGGAUAGACUUUGGUGCAAAACUUCUUGAACGACUUGCUAAAUGUUUCGAGGAAGAGUAUUCGAAAGACGACAAUCUCUCCCUGCGGAAUGUGACUCUUCUUCUUUCGUAUUUAUAUGUGUUUGGUAUUUGUUCAAGCGAGUUGAUAUACGAUUUCCUGAUAAUGCUCGGUAAGCGGUUGACUGAGGUUGAUGUUUCUACAGUCUUGACAGUUCUGCAGUGUUGUGGGAUAAAAUUACGAGGAGAUGAUCCUGUCGGGAUGAAAAACUUUAUUUCAAGUGUUCAGAGUAGGGUAAAUGAGUUGAAGGCUUCUUCAGAAGACGGAAAAUCAAAUAUAAACAACAAAAGAAUGGAGUUUAUGCUUGAAACUAUAUGUGAUAUCAAGAACAAUAAAAAAAGAUCCAAGGAAGAUACUGUGCAGCACACCCGGAUUAAGAAGUGGCUACAAAAGUUAAGAGUAGAUGAUAUAUUAAUUCGAGGGUUGAAAUGGAGCAAGCUUCUUGAUCCUAGCAAGAAAGGUCAGUGGUGGUUGUCCGGAGAAAAUGCUUCGAAAAGGGAAAACGUCGAAGAGGUUGCCAACACAAUUGAUAAGGAGAUUCUUGAAACCAAAAAGAUGCUACAGCUGGCAGCAUCGCAGAGGAUGAAUACCGAUGCAAGGAGGGCUAUUUUCUGUGUAAUUAUGAGCGGUGAUGACUACGUCGAUGCUUUUGAAAAACUCCUCAGAUUAGACUUACCUGGGAAACAGGAUCGAGAGAUUAUACGCGUACUUGUGGAGUGUUGUCUCCAAGAGAAAGUGUUUAACAAGUACUAUUGUGCUCUUGCAUCAAAACUGUGCAGUUACGACAAGAACCACAAGUUCACUUUGCAGUACUGUUUGUGGGAUCAUUUCAAGGAAUUGGAUUCGAUGCCAUUGAUAAGAUCGAUGCACUUAUCAAAAUUCAUUGCGGAAAUGGUUGCAUCAUUUAGCAUUUCACUAGCGGUUCUGAAGGCAGUUGAUUUAAACAACGUGUUAUCUCUGACUCCUAAGAAGAUCAUGCAUUUCCGUAUGCUGUUUGAGGCGAUAUUCGAGUUUUCGGAUAAGGUCGUUUGGAAUAUUUUUACCCGUUUAGCUAUUACUCCAGAGAAUGAAUCCGUCAAGAGCGGGGUCGAGUUUUUCAUCCGCAAAUACGUUGUGUGUGGUAAAAAACCUCUAGAAAUUAUGUUCAAGAUUGCCCGGAGAGCUCUCGACAACGUUGAAGGUGUCAUACUGUGAAUUUGGCCGAGUUUCGGAUAUUCUAAUUUUUGUUUUAUUUCGUCGUGGCCAAGUUUUGUAGACUAGGAUUAGAACAUGUUUUUGUGUUUGUCCAUUGAUAUUUGUUUUUUUUUUUAAUUUAUGUAUUUCUCCUUUUAUUAUUGGUUUUUGUGUCAUAAUUUUAGUAAUUUAUUUAUAAUGUUAUUCAAUAACUUUAAUUGAUUAAAAUUAGGAUUAAUGAAAGUAUUUCUCCUUC